AUGAGCCAGCAGCACCUCUCGCCGCUUGACGGUGGCAUCUGCGUCGCGUACCUCGUCUCGGUGCUAGUCGUCGGCGCCGUCGCCACGUACGCGUCCCGGCGCAAGGACGAGACGAUCAACGACUACUACCUCGGCGGGCGCCGGCUGCCGUGGUGGGCGCUUGCGAUCGCCGACGUCUCGAGCUACAUUGACAUUGCGGGCACGAUGAUCAACACGGCCUUGAUCUACGCGCUCGGCGUGCGGGGCAUGUACAUCGAGGUGCGCGGCGGGCUCUGUCUCUUCCUCGCCUUCCAGCUCGCGUUCACGGGCAAGCUCGUGCGCCGCUGCCCCGUGCGCACCAAAGGCGAAUGGAUCUUGUACCGAUUUGGCGACUCGCUCUCGGGCCGAGUCGCGCGGACGCUCAUUGCAGUCGUCUCGCUCCUCAGCGGCGUCUUGGGCGUCACGUACUUUGCGAUCGGCGGCGGCAAGUUUGUCACGGAAUUUGUGCCACUUGCGUCGUGGCUUGGCCUUCCGCCCGAGUUUUGGGCUGCAGGCGGCCUCAUGCUCAUCGCGCUUGCUUACACGAUCGUCGCUGGCUUCACCUCCAUGGUGCUCACGGACGUGUACCAGUCGUUCUUCAUCUUUGGGUCCUUUCUUGUCGUCUCGAUUCUCGGGUUACAAGUGUCGUUGCCAAAUACGUUCCACGUCUUCCUUCCCACGAAUGCCUCAUCCACCUUCCUCAACUACACCAUUACGCGCGAAGCAUGGGCGUCGGCGCUCGGGUCCCUGGACCUCCAUCUGCCGGCCACAUCGACGUACAGCAUGUACAACACCUUUACGCCCAUCAUCUUGCUCUACCUGAGUCUGCUCUGCUUUCGGUCGGCCUCUGGACCCGGCGGCGGCGGCCUCCAAACCGUGCUCGCGACCAAGACGGAGCGCGAGGUGCGGUCCCAGACCUUCUUGGCGAUGGUGCUGCUCCUCUUUCGAUGGGGCUUCUCGGGCGCGAUCUGCGUCCUCGCCAUCACGUACUCGGUGGACCAUCCGCACGUGGUCAUUGACCCCGAGCGGGUCGUGCCUUUUGUCCUCGCCAACGUGCUGCCGUCCGGCCUACAAGGCGUCGUCCUCGCAUCGCUUCUCGCCGCCGCCUUGACAACGUUCGACUCGACGAUCAACAGCGCGUCGUCCUACUGGACCAUUGACAUUUACCAAGCCUUGGUCCGCCCGGAGGCUACAACGAAAGAGCUUCUAUGGCACGCCCGCUUGGCAACGGUAUGCGUGCUUCUCGCCGGCUGGGGCGCGUCGCUCUACAUCCACACGAUCAACCGCAUUUGGGGGUUUAUGGUGGUUGCACUGAGCGGUGGCAUGGUCGUGCCCAAUUUCCUCGGCUGGUACUGGGCGCGCUUCAACGCCGUCGGCUACGCGUCUGGCAUGCUCUCGGGUGUAGUGACGGCCAUUGUCGUCUUCUUUGGCGUCCCGCACGUGGCCGAGUACGAGUGUUUCCUCUGGUCGUCGAGUCUCUCGGGCGCCGUGGCCAUAGCCGCCUGCCUUGCAUCGCCACCGACCAACGCACGGACGCUGCGCACCUUCUACAAGCACGUGCGCCCACCCGGCUUCUGGACCAAGCUCGCUGCCACGUGCUUGGAGGAGGACGCGCGCCAGCGUACGACAGAGGAAAACCGCCUGGAUCUCGCGUGCACGGGGCUCAUCUUAUUUGCUCAAGUCGCCACGUACGUGCUUGCAGUUAGCGUCGUCGUCAAGGCGUGGACGCAGUGUCUCGUGCUCCUCGGGUGCCUCAGCCUCGUUUCGCCGCUCAUCUACACGCAGUGGUUCCUCAAGCUCGAGACGACGCUAUCGCCCGUGCACGAGCGUCUCCUGCAUCAAGACGAGGAGCUCCUGGACGAUGAGUAG